CCGGAAAAUUUGAUGUUUCAUUUCUCAAAAUGUUGAGGUUAUGCUUCGGUUGUGGAAACAAGUUGCACGUGUCGAAAAUAUUCUGGAGAAGCUUUACUCGUGGAAAAUUGUGGAAAUUUGGACGGAAAAUGGACAGAGUAUAUUUUAGGCAUGCAGACAAUGACGGUUCCGUGGAUAUAUCCUUCAGGUAUACCAAUGCAGAACACAAUAUUGACCGUGUUUUCAAUUUCCGGAGGAAUGUCAAUGAACUGGUGCAGGGCUUCACUGACAGAACCCGGACAAAUAUCGAGAAGGAGUUCAAUAAGCAUAAUAAGAAGAAGCAGAAGAAAAAAUCCAGUGAAACUGCACAGGAAGCGGUCCAAGUAACGCCUCCGGAGAUCAUCGUGCAGCUCACUGGACAUGGAGAAGAUCUCUCAGGGAAGACUUUUCAAGAAAUCCUAGUCACAGAGACACUGAGAAAUAGCUUAGAGCUCUCAAUUCACGACCAGAAACUCCCCGUUGCUGUGAAUUAUCCUUUUGUGGACUUAAUCACACUUCCCGCUUCAAUUCUGGCGGGAUUCUUCGUAUAUCCUAGCAAAAUAGAACUCUCAUUUGCCUCAGAGAAUGACUGUACUUUCACCUGGUACAGAGGGAUGCUGCCCAAGAAUAAGAUACUCAACAACAUAGAGUUUCAGGAAGUAGGCAAAGGAUUUGCUUACUUUGCAAAGCUCGAAGACGUGGAUCAUUACUUGAAAGUCGUGUGUAUUCCUCGAAGGGAUGGAAUUGAAGGUCCCAGUGUGGAGUGCUUGUCCAAAUGCACUGUCCAGGCCAGUCCAGGAGAGUGCCCGUUCGAGCUGCGACACAAAUUCACGAGUCAACGCCUCUCUGGGGAACAGUUCAGAGUGGCUUCUUACAAUCUUCUCGCCGAUUGCUAUGCAGAUAGUGAUUUCAGUCGCCAGGAACUCUUCCCUUACUGCCCUCCAUACGCUCUCCACAUCGACUACCGGAAGCAGCUGUUCAUCAAAGAGCUCCUGGGUUACAAUUGUGAUAUUAUCUGCCUUCAGGAGGUCGAUGCGAGGAUAUACGAUAUGGAUCUCGACAGAUCCCUCCGUGUGUGGGAUUUCGACGGGCAUUUUACGAGGAAGGGCGACACAGUUGAAGGCCUGGCUAUUUUCUACAAUAGGAAACGCUUCCGCAUGUUAAAGAAGUUUGCAAUAACUUACGGCGAGCAGUUAAAGAAGAUGGACAUUUUUGCGGAAAUAUACGAGAAAAUCCGAGGCAAUGAAGAACUCGCCACGAGAGUAGUGGAGAGAUCCACAACCCUGCAAGUGGUGGUCUUGGAGUCUCUGGACAAUCCAGGAGAGGCGAUUAUCGUAGCCAAUACGCAUCUCUACUUCCAUCCGAAUGCUGAUCACAUGAGACUUUUGCAAUUCGGACUGGCGAUGAUCUUCAUAGAGAAACACGUCUUACCUGAGGUAGAGAGGGAUCUUCCUGGAGUUAGAAAAUCCUUGAUCUUUGCAGGCGACUUCAACAGUGUGCCGGAAUGUGGAAUUUAUAAGCUUAUGACUGAGAAUUUCGUUCCCAGCGACUUCAUUGACUUUCAAUCGAAGCCUGAUCAAGAGAUUAAGGAUGUCGAAUUGAGACAGUCUCUGCCGAUGUCUUCUGCCUGUGGUUGUCCGGAAUUUACCAACUUCACAGUUGGCUUUAAGGCCUGUCUCGAUUACAUUUUCUAUCAGACGAACAAUCUCAACGUAGUGCAGGUUAUUCCAUUCCCUAGUACGCAGGAACUCGAGGCUCACAUCGCCAUCCCGUCCGUGGUCUUUCCUUCCGAUCACAUCGCCCUGGUGGCUGAUUUGAGUUGGAGGAAGUAGUG